AUUCGGUGAGCGCGGGUCAACAGUAUCUGAAUCCGAAACUGAAUCCGCACAAAUAUCUUACUAUCUGUUGAAAAGGGUCUGUCAUUGUUGCCAAGUGAAGAAGCUAUCCAAGAUGACCGCAAAGCCGAAGUUUGUGUAUGAGAAGGAUGACCUGGGCACCAUAGGUGAGGUGGAUGACAACGAGGUGGACCGCAUCGCGGAGUGCUUUAAGGGACGCAGUUUGUUCAUCACAGGAGGUACUGGGUUCCUAGGCAAGGUCCUGGUCGAGAAAUUGCUGCGGUCGUGUGGUGGACUCAAGCGCAUUUAUUUGCUCAUCCGCCCCAAGAAGGGUAAGGAUCCGCAGGAGCGCAUCAAGGAUAUAUUCCAGAAUGUGUUGUUCGACCAGGUAAAACAGCUUCGUGGCGAGGAGAACAUCCUGCAGCAAGUGGUGGCCAUAGCAGGAGAUGUACUCUCACCUGGCCUGGGAAUCUCUGAGAAGGAUCUGGAAAUACUGCGACAGGAGGUGUCCAUUGUAUACCAUUGUGCAGCCACAGUGCGAUUCGAUGAGCCACUGCGAAAUGCGGUGUUCAUGAACACCCGCGGGACUAAGUACAUGCUGGAACUGGCUCAGACUUUAAAGCACUUGGACUUUUUCGCCUACUGCUCGACGGCCUAUUGCCAUCUGCACGUGAAGACUUUAUACGAGAAGCCCUACGACCCGCCGGCAGAUCCACACAAGGUGAUGCAGGCCUGUGAGUGGUUGACGGACGAAGAGGUGGCCACCAUCGAACGCAAAGUGCUCGGUGACAUCCCUAACACGUAUGCCUACACCAAGUCUCUGGCAGAGGCAUUGGUGGUAGAGAAGUUCGAUGUGCUGCCCGCCGUGAUUCUGAGACCCUCGAUUGUUAUCCCAAUCUGGAAGGAGCCCAUUCCCGGCUGGACAGACAACAUCAACGGACCCACUGGUCUCCUUAUCGGAGCGGGAAAGGGUGUCAUUCGCACGAUGUACUGUAAUUCCUCUGGUUAUGGAGAUUUCCUGCCUGUGGAUGUCGCUGUUAAUGGAAUACUGGUGGCCAGCUGGAGAAACAUUACCGCCGGCACGGACAAGACCAACAGAGUUGCGCACAUGACGUCCUCCAACGACAUCAAAGUAUCCUGGGCCGAGAUCAUAGAGUUGGGUCGCUGGGUGAUUGAAAACAAAGUACCGCUUAACGGUGUAGCUUGGUAUCCUGGUGGCUCCAUGAAGUCCAACUACUGGGUGCAUUACAUCUGCAUGGUGCUCUUCCAAUGGAUGCCGGCACUUUUCGUGGAUGCCCUGCUCUGGAUACUUCGCUACCCUCCGGUAUUGUGCCGCGUCCAGAACCGCAUCUUCAAGGGAUUCGAGGUGUUCGAGUAUUAUGCCAAUAACGUCUGGAACUUUGAUAACUCGGAAGCGGUAAAGCUUCGAAAGCUUAUGAACAAUAAAGAGCGGCGAACCUACGUGAUUGAGAAGAUCGAGUUGGACCUGAUUGAUUAUUUCACCAACUGCGUUCUUUGCGCCCGGCGGUUGAUCUUGAAGGAGUCCGAUGAAUCCAUUCCGGCAGCAAGGAGGCACAUGAAGGUAAUGUGGGUGGUGGACAAGGUCUACAAGGGAAUCUGGAUCUUCGGAAUUCUUUACAUGCUCUAUAGGUGCUUCUUCGCGGGAUAGAAUCCGUCCGUACGCGACGCUUAGUUAAGUGCUGGAGACCAAAAGAUGUGCCCUGCCCCAAGCCGUAGUUGUUAUGUUUUCUUUAGAAACUAAGUCAUCUAGUUUUAGGCGGUGCUGUUGAUUAGAAACUUAAUUACCUUGUUUUGAAAGGCAGCGAAUAAAACAUUGGUUUAUGUAAA